CAUAACAUGAAGAUUUUAGAAUUAUUAUUUUUUUAUCAAUGUUAUCAUAUUUGUUACUCAGCAGAAACAGUGGACGAUUCAUCAGAUAUCGAACGAGGUUAUCAGGAUGAACCAUUCGGAAAUCUACAAGGAAUUUUAGCAAAAGUUCUAUUGGACCCACGGAACACUGAAAGUGUAUAUAAAACCCUUUUGUACGACUUAGACUACCAAUUUCAUGAUGAUUAUGAGCUGCCAGAUACAAUCGAAAACUUUGACGACAGGGAUCUACUACAGAAACCACAGAAACAUAUUAUCCUAAAAAAAACCAGUUUUAAUCAUGUCGGGAACGAGGUAGAGGAAACGCCACGUUCUAUUCCAGACAGUACGUCCUUCAAUGCUGUCCGCAGUUACGGAAUGGUAUUCAGUCGUUUGUCACUUCGACCAAUUAUCAGAAUUGAAGUAAAGGCUGAAGAUCCCUAUGACCAGGAAGAAUUAUUAUUCGCAACAAAAAUUCCAUUAAGACCAAAUUUAGACAUAAUCAACGCCAUAUUUUCAGCUGCUUUACAACAAUACCUUAAAUUUCCAUCACAGAGUAAUCCAUACAAUGUUGUCCUUGACUACGAUGUAAAUAGAAACUGUGAUAUAAUUAUCAGUGCCUUAGACAUUCCAAAUAUUGGUACCCACACAUGGAAGGUGAAAAUAAAAAGAAGGAGAGGAAAGGUGAUCUACGAUAAUGAAUGCCUGACAACAACCAGAAGGUUACGGAUGAGACACGGAACAACUAUUUCUAUUUAUUACUCAUAAUUCUAUCAUUGUCUAUACACAUGUACGUAAAUAGUUUUUACAAUAUAAUAAACCCAUUUGAUGUUUAUAUAAUGGGCAAAUUGAUUCCCGAAAAGCAAGACACAUAAUCAAUACAUCUUUCUUUCACAAGGCAAAUUCGACAUCAAAGAGGUUAAUUCAACAGUAUGAAAUGAAGUAAACAUCAUAACAAAAACAAUCGGAACAGAACAAAGGCAAACUUCAAGGUCAAAGUAAUUUAGGACAUUUAAGAUGAAGAACAACUACAUUGUUUAUAAACUGAAAAUUUUGAAUGUAAUUUUAAUCAUUCAUUCGGGUACCACUUAUUAAGCAGGAUCUGCUUACCCUUCCGGAGCACAUGCGAUCUCUCAACAUCUUGUGAUUGGGUUCGUGUUGGUCUUUAGUUUUCUUUGUUGUGUUUUGUGAAUUUGUUUGUCUUUUUGUCGUCUUUCAUGUUUUGCCAUGGUGUUGUCAGUUCAUUUCGACUUCUGAGUUUUGAAUGUGUCCCUGGUAUCUUUCACCUCUUUUCAAAGGUAAAUGUUAAUUUCGAUGACUUUAGAGAAUAAAUCAAAUGUAGAUUCAGUACUGUUAGUUAUAUACACAUAAAGUAAGAUAUCGUGUUCAUUACAUGUUACGCCUGUGUCAGGAUUUCACACGGUAUAGCUUCAGAACAACACUGUCAGCUACCAGGAACUAAUCACACAACUUAAAGCAGUCCACAAUAAAUUCUGCACUCGAGAGAUAUAAGUACUGUUUUAUUACAAUUGCGUUAUUUAAGAACUAAAAAUUUAAUUGCAAUGAGUCAUUUAAAAUAAUGGUUGUAACAAAACUCUUGCUGCAAGACAGAUGAUACUAUUCUCAGAAGUUGACCGUCCGACAGCACUUGUACCAAUUAAAAUGAAGCAAAAAGAAUGAACAACACAUAUGGUUUUGUUUUUGUCUGUUUAUGUGAGUUUUAUUCGAGCGUCAUCAAAUAAGCAGAAUGAAUGUUCUAGGGUUUAUUUGGUUCUAUAAGUAAACAACAACAACAAAAUAAGGCGGAUACCAGUUUUAAAUUAUUGAAAUUUUUGAAAGAAACGAAAAUAUGAAUAUUAACUAAGGUUUUAUUGUCCAAUUUCAAAGAAGUCAUAAGCCAUAUAUGUAUACAAGAUUAUAACAAUAAACAUUAUAUUUCCGAAACAUUUUGACUGAAAUCACAAAUGUCAAAAAUCAAUUUCACACGCGAGUAGAACAUUAUUUCUCUGCAUUUUUUUAUCAUAUAUUAUUAAACGUUCACGCUUUCGUGUAAUUUUUCAUUUUACUAAAGUUUUUGUUUUCAAUUCUUGGCUGUAUAACGUUCGAGGGGGGAAUAAUUUUAACACAAAUAUCAAUCUUUCAAUAAAGUACGUGCAUAUAUAGAUAUAACAUGUAAAUUAAGCAAGUUUAAUAAAGUAAAUCUUAUUACAUGACAAUCAGAGCAUUCUCCUUUAAUUUUACGACGAUACUAUUGAUUGAUUGAUUGCUUGGUGUUUAACGCCACUUUCAGUACUGUUGGUUAUUUCGUGGCGGUCAGUUUUUAUUGGUGAAGGAAUCCGGA